AUGUCGCGCUUCAGCAUGGCUGUGGUGGCACUGGUGUGGUUCCUUCCUGUGACCCACGCAAAUACCGUUCUUCCGUUUGACGAUGAAUGUGUGUCUGCAGAGUGCGCCUUGAAUGCAUUGCAAGCACGCGCACUGGCAGUGUCAGGCCCCUCAAAGCAGAAUGCAUCAGAUUCCACCAUCCCUGGAUUGCUGGAUCCCGACAUCUCCGAUGUUUUGCCCGACCCGGACGGAGACUCGUCUGAAAGUGGUCCAGAUGAAGAGGUUUCAGAUCCAUCCGGAUCCGGACUUUGCAGCGGAGAAGCAUAUGACAGAUCAAAGGAAGGAUGUUGUGCCGGCACUUUGUAUGACCGAAUUUCGGAAGGAUGCUGCAAUGGAGAUAUUUAUGAUGUGGAGCAUGAAGAUUGUUGCGGAGGAAAGGAGUCAUAUGACACCCGAACUCAGGGUUGCUGCAAUGAUGAACAGGUCUUCGACUUGGGUCAGGAAUAUUUGGUCUUUGGAUUGCAAUGCUUGGCGCCGGUGGAGCCACAAGAAGACAAGAUCCCAUGGAAUUGCACCAAGGAGUGGCCACCCAGCAACUACGCCAGCGUCUGGAAGCGCUAUUGCGCGACCAAGUCCGAAGACAGCCACAUGGCUUGGGCAAUGACCCCUUCAUGCCAGGUGGGUUGGCUUUCAGUCAAACAGACUUCCAAGAGUGCUGCAGAGCAGAAUGCUUUGGAGCAAUGUCAGUCAAGAGCAACUGCUUACAACCAGGAAACAUGUCACAUAUUUGACUUGGAUGGAAAGCUAUGUGCUCGGCAACGCUGCGGCUCCAAACUCCAUGACGCUACGAUGAUUGGGUGCUGCAACGGCCAAGUCUUUGACAGUCGAACACAAGAUUGCUGUUCGGGUCGAAUCUACAACACAGAAACCACUGGCUGCUGCAAAGGCCGCCUGUUUAAGAAGGAGCCCCGGAGGAACGUGUCGAAUUCCUGCUGGAAUAACAACAUGCUGCAGGAAGGAAGGAAACUGGAGGCUUCCCUGAAGCACAGCAAGUCAGCUGAAUGCACUGAGCGUACGGGUCACGUUCCGGAAAUCGGAAAGGGCAGACAAGAUUGGACCAUGGUGGCCAUGGGUCGCUUUGCAUCAUCCAGCAGAAGGUUUCUGUGCCUGGGAUUUCUGCUGACCAUAUCUUUGAAUUGUCAUGGUUUCCUGAGUGGAAAGACAGUGUCACCAGGUAGGCAACGGGUGAGGCCCUGUGAAGCCAUGCCAGAAGCUAUGCCUGAAGAGCGAAAGUUCAGCAAUGAGCGCUUGCGCGCUGAAACUGAAGAUCCCUUCGCCAAGGUCAAAGUUGCCUUGUUUGGAUUCCUGACCAUUACACGCAUGUGCUUCGUGGUACUUGGUGACGAUGACAGAUAUGCAUCAGUUGACCAGCCCAAUUUCUGGGAUCAAGUCUACAAGGUCCAGACUGAGAGAGACAUCUACGAGUGGUAUGGUUAUGACAGGCUGCGCCCAUACUUUGUGGAUGCUCUUACAGAGCUGACGCCUUCGAGACUGUCACAGCCCACAAGGAAGCUGCUGGUUGUUGGAAGUGGAGACUCUGCACUCAGCGCAGAGCUUGCAUCUGAGAAGGAUCGAAUGAGACUUCGCUUCCCAGACCUCACUUUCCUGACCAUGGAUGCAAGGGACCUGUCCGACUUUGGCGACGGCUCGUUCGGAGCUGUGGUUGACAAAGGGCUUUCCGAUUGCAUUGGAAGUAUCGGUGCGCGGCAGCAGUACUUUCAGGAGCUGCGCCGCGUUUUAGUUGAUGGUGGACGACUGUUGGUUGUUUCACAACGACGUCUUCAAACACAGCAAGACGAAAGCGAUGAUUUUGAGGAGCUUUUUUGCAUUGGCCAACAGCUCCUGAGAAAAAGUCUGGUUGGUGGUUUCAACAAUCAUGUUCCAGAGAGCGAUCUGGGCGAUGGCUGGGUCUGUCGCAGAGAGGCGCUUCGAAGCUGUUGGGAUAAUGGCAAUCCACGGCCGCCCUAG